GAAUCUGCAAGUGCUGGUUUUGCUGGCUGGUCUCUAAAUACCAUACCAUGUAGGACUACUGUAUGUCCGACACAACCCUGAACCUGAUAACCACCUCCUCCUCCUCCGUCAGCUUCUCCCAAUUCGUCACUUCGGCUUACUUAGAUGCUGAGCACCUAGAUUCCAAUCCAAUCCAAUCCAAUCCUUUUCUCUUACCACCACCACUCCUCCUCCUCCUCCUCUUCCUCUUCCUUCUCUCUCUCUCGCGUUGCUGCUACUCCCUCUCACGAACUUCUGCAACAAUUCACUUUGUUCAGCCAGUCAGUCAGGAAAUCAACAACAAUGGCAAUGAACAUGUUGUUCCCCCGCCAAGAAGCAAUCGACUUCAACGGUCCCACGAUUCCUGCCCCCGCGGGCCAGGUCUCCAACGUGAUUAACCCACCGAAUGGGAACAAGAUUGCUCUUGCCAUCAUCUCCAUCUGUGUUAUUGUGUCGGCGGUGCUGUAUAUGAUGAGAUUGUAUGCCAAGAUCUUGACCAAGCAGAUUAAUGUUGGGGAUUAUUUGACGUUGAUUACUUUUCCGUUGUACUGGGUGUAUAUCUAUUACAGUUACCGCCUCAGUUGGUCCCCAGGUUAUCUCAUUCACGAGUGGAAUGUCGCUAUAAAAGACAUUCCCGAAUUCUCAUAUGUCUGCUACGUAGCAACCUGCCUCUACCUCUGGCUCAUCGCCCUCAUCAAAAUCGCCAUCCUCUGCGACUGGACCUGCAUCUUCGCCUCGAAAGGCCAACGCGGUUUCUUCGCCUGGACCUGCUUCCUAACCUGCGGCGCCGUCGCCUCGCUGGCCAUCAUCCUCUUCGUCAUGGACCUCGUGAACUGCACUCCCUUUGACCGGAACUACAAUCCCCUCCUCCCGGGUUCCUGCCGCUGGAGCGUGCCUGAAGAAUCUAUUGUGUCUGCUGCGGCGAAUUUUGCCCUGGAUGCACUGCCGUUGAUACUGGCGCAGAGAAUGAUUUGGGGGCUGCAUACCACCUGGGGCAAGAAGUUGGGGGUUAGUUUGAUUUUUUUGGUUGGUGUUAUCGGCAUGAUCUCCUCCAUAGUCCGCCUCUACUACGCCGUCUCCUUCUACCGCGACUCCGCCGACACCACCUACUUCUUCUCCAUCGUGGCCCUCUGCACGCUAUGCGAAAUCACCUGCGCGAACCUGGUCCUCUGCUUACCAUUCGCGCCUAAAGCUAUCAAGGGCUUCAAACAGACGAAGACGUUCCUCGAAAUCAAGAGCUACAUGACGAGCUCGAAGGGUAGUUCGGUGUCGGAGAGCAGAGAGGGAAGUGGUGUGCCGGCGCAGGUGGCCGAGAGUCCGAGACAGGGCAGCGCGGAGAAGAAAUGGUUUGGGUUGGGGCUCAGGGAGAGUGGGGAGGGGACGCUGUAUGAGGAUUCGGUGGAUGAGGAGAGUAGUUUGGGGAGGGGGAGUGAGCGGGCGAUUCAUUUGAGUGCGUAGAUGGGAUGGGAUGGGAUGGGAUGGGAUGGGAGGGAAGGGAGAGUGUAGAUAUGGGUUGGGAUAUAUGGGUAUACCAGGAUUGACAGGAAAUUUUGCAGGGCAAGGCGCGAUAUUAUUGUAUACCAAUACCUUUUUCUUUUAUAUAGUUC